GUCUCCAAUAGCUAUGCAAAAAAAGGGAAAAAAUGAGAUUACUUUCGUUUGCACAUGCCAUUUUGCCUGUUAAUUAUGACGACUUAUUAAUGAAUAAUCUAUUUUUAUUAAUACUCUUUGAGUAUAAAUUAAAUUUUGUUUUAUUUAAAAAAAAUUAACACUAUAUGAAGUCCAAACAUAUUAUGUUAUUUAUUUUAAUGGAACAACCGUUUUCAGAUAUUGCAUUCUGUUCAAAAUGCGACUGACACAGUUUAUAUGACGUCAUAUAUGUUGUACAACUGAUUUGAGUCACGGAUGUUUGCAAUUACGUAGCUUCCCAGUCGAGUUGACUAUCGACAACACAGCCAGUACACACAUCUACAUUGCGAUUAGUGUGUUUCUAAUGUGUGAAUUAUUCAACGCGACAUUUAACCUACACAUUAUUUUUGGAAUAUCAGGGUGUUGUAAUUACAGUGUCAGCGGUUGCUUUGCAAGGUUUUAUAGACAUCACAGGUUUCAGUCAAGUCUUUAGAUGACUUUGAGAACUUGUGACGCUUUUGUAUCAUGCUUUAAAUGGCUAUGGCAACUGGAAUAAUCCUGGUAGCAAUAUACAGUGCGCUACUUGGAAGGUUUUUCGUUCUACCACAAUCAAUAUUACACUUCCAGGAAGAACCGAGGUCUACCGACGUUUACGAUGGUCAGAUAUUGACCCUUAACUGUGUAGUUCAAAGCGGUUGGACCACUGGCGUGAUACACUGGAUGAAAGAUGAGGUUACAGAAAUAAGUCGUGGAUCUAUCAUCCAGUCUCAUCGAGUGGUCCACGCGUCACGGUUUUCGAUAGUUGGUGAGAGAUCACAAGGUAACAAUAAUCUGCAGAUCAAAAAUGCUAGGCCAAGUGAUGCUGGGUCUUAUGUAUGCCAUUUAUACGACUUACAAGGCUCACAUAUAGCUGAAACAGCUGCGUCAACUGUUACUGUGCUACCAGUUCAACCUCCGCCUUCUGGGUAUCCGGUGUGCCCUCUUAGUAUACCAAAUCCUAAACCUGGAGAUACUAUCAUAUUCAGAUGUUAUUCGAUAGGGGAACAUCCCGCUGCAACGCUUAGGUUUUGGCGUGGACCACACGAAGAGCUACAGGUUGAACCAUACAUGGGACUAUAUGGUGGCGUUUUCUUCGAACGUCAGUUAAACGAAGAUGACAAUAAUAUAACCUUCACUUGUAUGGCCACAGGACCAGCAUUUAAAUUAGAACAUCACAGAAACUGUAGUGUAGUACCAUUUGUUAUACCAACGUCUGUAAACGUUAUUCCUGCGAUCGCGGAAGUUCCAACUGGAAUGGCAGCGACGUUUCAAUGCAAGACAGUAGCGGUUCCACAGGCCAAUAAGUUUCGUUGGUGGAUUUGGAACAACGGAUGGGAUCGAAUAUUAGCAACCCAAGGACGAUAUGUUCUUGAGGGUGACGGAGAAUCUAUGCGGAUACUCGACAUCAAUGAAUAUGACGACGGAAGGAAAGUCCGGUGUAUUGCAAGGAAUCCACUAGGACUUAAAGGCGAAGCAGAAGGAAAGCUUAAAGUUUAUGUAGUAAGGCCCACUGCUCGUGGACCGAAUUGGUCUGGUGGACGACCGGGUGAUAAUAAUAAGUUAUAUAAUUCUACUAACCCAACUGAGAGUUACAAUGACGACGGUUUUAAAAUAGGUGCCAGUCCAAAUGUUGUGCUUAUUGUAUGCUGUGUAGUCGCGGGAUUUUUUGGAGUGAUCAUUAUAGUAUGCAUUGUCGUCAUACUUCUUCGUAGAGAUUCUAGAGACAAACAUGAACUUAAGGAAAAGCAGGUAUCUGCAAAGCCUCCCACACAAAGUUUUGUUAAUAAAAAAGAGCUAAGUACAAGUGAUGUAGUAGAUAAAGCAUUAACUAAACUUGGUGGAUAUGCAACCAUUGAUACGGUAUCUAAUACAGAUGCACAUCUAACUGCUAGUCAAAAUAGGGCAGCAACAUUAGAUUCUAAACCGCUGUAUGCCAAACCUAUUGUACGCACUGACGUUAAGCAGAAGAUCAUAACCGAAACAAAGUCUGAACAAACGUCACACAACUUCACGCAUGAAGCAGAUAAACACAAGUUUACGGAAAAUAACGUACUCAACUCGGGAGCAAUUUUAGCCAUGUACGCUAAGCCCAUGAAAGGAAAAAUAGACAAUUCGUUAAUAGAUUGUCGGCCAGUACCAUCCCCGAGAAAAAAUUCUGGGAAAUCUGGUAGGCCUACCUCUCCACUCAAACCACCGCGGCCAAAGAGCGAUAACCUGCACUCUAAACCAAAAACGUAUAAAUCAAGGGUUUAUGAAAACACGUUAGACAGAAAUGAGCUUUCAAGUAUUGAAGAGACAAAUUUAGGACAAAAAUCACUUUUUGAAAAAAACGUAGAAGGACUAGUGUAUGCCGAGUUGAAUCUGCAACAAUCUCCUCAACAUUUAGUUCGCUCAAUGGAAGUUAGGCCUACAGAAUAUGCCAAAAUUAAAAACUAAAAAUCUACUUGUAGAAUUAAAUUAAGAAAAAAAGGCCAUGGUGUGGUUUAUCAGAUACCGUAUUGUGUUAGUAAGUGUAAAAUGAAUAUAGUUAAUAUUUAGCUUUCUCUAACUGAAUUGAACAACGGAAACGGAUGUCAGUAUCUGGUCGAUCUCAUGAUAAAAUGUCGAAGAAGUUUCAUUGCCAACAUUAUUCUAAUUCCCUUAACUACGAUACUUUCAAACGCUUUCUCUGCCUGUCAGUAUACUGUAGGUGUAUUUCUGUUCCUUAAUGUGAUCAUUAAUUGAUUAUAAAUACAGGUUAUUUGCAGAGGGUAUUAUUGUCACGAACGGAUGUCAGUAGCUUGUCAAUCACAUGAUGAAAUGUCGGAAGUUUCAUAGCCAGCGUUUACUUGACAAUAAACUAGAAUAUUUCAAAAUUGUUCAAUUAAACAGUGUGAGUAGUGUCAAUACAAUUUAAUUUUGUUGCACAAUACAUUUUUUUUGGAAUUAGAAAUGUUUGAAGAAGUUAUGAGGGUGACUAUCAGGGGUCACAUUGUCACACUAACGCAUUGUCUGACUAUUAAUUUCGCUCUUUGUGGCGGUGCGCGGAGUUAUAAUAAUAAUAAUGAUAAUUAUUAUAAUAAUUAUAAUAAUAAUAAUUAAAUAAUAAUAAUGAUAAUUGGUAGAUAAAAAUUAAUAGAGGCUGGUAAUUUAUUUAUAAGAAAAAAUUGUAAUAUGUACAAAUUUGCUUUAUUAAAACACACUUACAGUACCACUUGUAAUUUCCCAAAAUAACACGAGGUGUUUGUGUACUAUAUGCAUAAUAUUUUGUAAUAAUAUAUUAAAUUCGUUAUGGCUAGCCACAGUACGUGGUGCAGUACAAUUUUGUCUUUAAUGUAUUUAGAACUGUAUAUGAGUGUAAAUAUAUGUUUAUGACAAUAAAGACUUAUAUGUAUAGUGAACAUUGUUACA